CGGUAUAAUUUCCCCACAAAUGAAAUGGUACUCCCAGUAUACUCAUUCCAAAGCUCUCUCUACUCACCUCACACGCUCCCCUCUCCCACUCACCUCAUCUCUCUCGAUUCUCAUCUCAUUUUCCCCCUCUUUCUCACUAAUUAUAAAUACAUCUCAAACUAUGAGUAUGGUUCAUGACCUCAAUCGAUACAAUCCUCUCUCUUUUUCGUUGCUGCUAAUCAAAGUAGCUUUUGGAAGAAGCGAACUCAAGGGCUAGAUUUUAUGGGCUUCAAGAAUUUUGUCUAAUUGGUAUUAUAUUUUAAAUAUUUGAUGGAUUUUGAACUAAUUAGGAUUUAUAAUCUUUAUUUUUCAGGUGAAUUAAAAUUGGGACUUUUCAUGGGUUUUUCUCGAGACGUAGAAUUAGGGCUUUCACCUCGGAUUUCAGUUGGUGCCGCCGUUCGCCGUAAUUUCCCACCCUGCUUUGUGCUCUCUGUUUUCUUUUACAGGUGAAGAAAUUUGGAUUUGAGAUUUUAUAUUAGUAAUUUCAGUCAGUUUAUUGGUUGGAUAUGUGAAUAUAUGUAUAAUUUUUCUUGUAUGAAUUCUGUUUGUGCUAGAAUUUUCGGGUUAAAUGCUAAGGAAAAAUAAAAUUGCGAUAAGUAAAUAACGAGACAAAGAUUGGUUACGCGGAAAAACCCCGUGAGAGGAAAAAACCGCGGGAGGAUUGUGACCCUGCCAAGAAGAUUUUCACUAUGUUUAAUACUGGUGUACAAGAUAUGAAAAGCAGCUAUGUGUAAUUUUUGAGCUGCCUAUCUACUGAUUUGAGCCACUAUUUAUACAAGCAAACUCCUAACAGCUAGUCCUAUUUUUACUCCACGUAAAGUUAUGGUUUAUCUCAAGUAACAACCCCGUGGUUGAGCUUCUCAAUGCUUAUCCAUCCACUCUGACUCGUUCCACACAAAUUUGAAUAUUACUUCCGUCAUCACGUGCUAGCAUCCUCACUCUCACCUGUCAUGACAUCAAGCAGUACGCCAAGUGUUCACGUCAGCAGCCUUAAAAUGUGCACUAACAAUUAGCCCCAAAUUUUGUUAAUUAAGAUUUUUUUAUUAACAAAAUUAUUAUUCCAUUGCUAAAACGUAUCUCCUCGUUAUUCCUGCGCACGCUUCCCCCGUAAUCUUCUAGCGUUGCUUCAUAUCCCACGGCCUCAUUUUCUAAUCCAACACUUCACCUCCUGAGUACAUAUCUCUCCCAAUCUUUCUCACCUCUUUUCAUAUUCUCUCCAAGAAAAUUCUAAACAGCAUUUUCCAUGGCCAAGAAAGUUACUCAAACCAGCACGUCCCGUCAUGCCGAGGCAGAUCCUUCCUUCAAUGGCCCUUCCCUGUGGAUUGCUACGGAUCUCAUCAAAGCCAAGGACAACAAGGCUAGCACCAUGAAGAAUGAUAGGCUUGAAGUAGCCAAACGUUUUUUUUGCCGGUGGAGUUGAAGCCAUUCUCCCCUCCUCAAAGGAGCGUGUUGAUUGGUUCAAGAAGGGUUGGGUAUGCCUUUAAUUCUACCCUUUUGAUAUCGGGAUGCCGUUUCCUUUUUCUAAGCUAGUGCAAGAGUUGUUCGUUGACAUACAAAUCUCUCCUGGGCAAUUGAUGCCCUAUGCCUGGAGAGUGUUGGCUUUUCUUGAUGCCAUCGAGGCUAAACACAAACUGGGUAUCGACAUUGAUGUGGUCAAAUAUUGUUACUCACUCAAGAAGUUCAAUGGUUGUCGUUUCGAAUUCACUACCAAGAGGACCUUAAUUCUUAAUCUUGAAGGCGUGAAUGAUAGACUUUGGAGUAAAGAUUACUUUUUUGUUGACAAAUCCUCUCUAGGUGAUGUUGGUAGCUAUCUCCUUGAGCGAUGGGAUUCCAAGGAAGUCUCCAAGGAUUGCUAAAGAAGUAGUCAAGAAGAUUAUGUCCCUACCUAUUGAGGACAGGAUUUGGCCCAACUGCUUAGGCCGUCCUGUUCGUAAUUCUAGCCCAGUCAACAUUGCUGAAUACAUUAGCAAAGGCAAAUACAAAGAAGAGUGUGAUGUAUCUGAGGUCAUGCCUCUUAAGCCUGUUGUAAACAAGACUCGGAGCAAGGUCAAUGUCACUACUAGCCGGGCAUCCUCCACUCCCCAGACUCUCUCUUCUGAUUCUGAUGAAAGCCCUAAGAGUGAAAAGGGUCUCGAGAUGAGUUCCAGUCGAAAGUUUGCCAAAGUCGCAGAGUAUAAGACCCCCGCUCUCAAGCCGUUGGGGGUAUCCACUAAGGACAUGUUCACCAAAAGGACACGCGAUGAGAAGUCUGUUGGCUCAGGUUCUUCUAAGGCCCCUGUGUUGUUGAGCCCUAGCCUUAGCCCUGAAGCGAAAAAGAUAAAAACUGCCUCCUCUGCUACAACAGCAAAAUCCAGCCCUUCUGUUCCUCUGGUGUUUUACGGGUAUAAUGCCCAUGCUAAGCCCACCGAAUUUGCUCACUACUUGAACGACCUUCUCUUGCCUCAAUACAUCGAGUCGUCUAAUGGCAAGAGCCCUGCAGUGGUGUCGAGUGAGGCUACUGGCUAUGCCUUCCAUGCUUUGCAGGCGUCACUCAUGAAUCAUGAGAUCUUGGUUCACGAGGCUAAGAGGAUGCAGAAGUUGGAGGGGAAGUACAGCAAAUGUUUAAUCAAGCUUCGUGUUGCACAGGAUCAGGCCGCCCAGCAUUUAAAGACUGCCCAGGAAAUGCAGCAAGACUUGGAUGAUUUUACUGCAAAGGUGAUGGUCAUGGAAAAAGAGACGCAAGAGGAGGCUCAAAGGCUCAUCAGUCGUCACGCCACGAAGGCUAAAGUCGAGGCGGUGAUGGAGUAUUUCAAAGGUGAACAUUUCUCCUAGGACAUGAACGAGAUGGUCCGAAUUUAUAAUGAAGCAUAUCCAGAGGACGCCUUCCCCCUUCAUGUCCAAGGAGACGAUGAUGGAGUGGAGCCCCAUGUCGAAGGUCUGGAUCUUCCUGAGAAGAACGCACUUGGAGGGGAAGCUUCUGGUGAUGGCCGUAAGAGUGACGACGCUGAUCAGGAUGUUUAGUUAUUUGUCUUGAUGUUUCUAUUUCUGUCAUCGUUAAUUCAAACUUUUGAUCUCUUUCUGUUGCAUUAAGGAUUUUUGUUCGGAUUGAUGAACUUGUUUGGUUGGAUUUUGGUUUCUGACAUUGAUAAUUUUCUUGCUAGUGUUAUUAACGACUUCGUUGUUUUUAAUCGCUAUUUGUUGCAUUGUUAUAAUUAUGUUGUCUUCAUUUGUCUUGUAUUUUGUGUUGUGCAUGCACUACGUCGAGCAGCUAAGAGGCUAGAUCCUCUUGAAGCUUGCCUCGUUAUUAAAGUUGUAAUGUACUUUUUAUCGUUAGCGUGAUUUGUCGAGUUUAAUUUUGUUGAGAGGAAUAAUCGAGCACAGAAGUUCAAGGAGAAUUUGAGGUAAAGUUUUUUGACAAAGAAAAUAUUUAUUUGAAAGCAUUGAUUUUUUUUAAAUAUGUAUUUGAAGGUAUUUGAAGAAAGACUAGUUUGAGAAUGAAUAGAUAUGUUGGGCAUUAUCGUUAGUUUUUGUCAAUGAGUCCUAUAGAGGAUCUAUUACUUUAUGACGUAAGCAUGUGAUGUUCAUAUGAUCGUUGCAAUGUUUGUCAAAGGUGGGACGCAAUAUCAUAUGUGUCUUAUUGAUGCUUGAAUGUGAAGUACAUAAUGUAAAAAGGACUGAUACUACAGCAACUAUUUCACGUCAAAUGUCGUGAUGUCCUAGCGACUUAUUUGGAAAUUCCGGACUACAAAGAAAAAAAAUAAACACUACAUGUGAUAUGCUUUCAAAUGCAAAGCGUUCCAGCUUCUGAGGAACUGUUUUCUAUCCAGCGUCGACAAGCGAUAAGCCCCUUGUCCGGCAACUGCGUCAACUAGGUAUGGUCCUUCCCAUGCUUCUGCAAACUUUCCAUCUAUCGGGUCCAUCAUGUUUGGGAAUGCUUUUCUCAGGACUAAGUCACCUACACGGAAUAUCUUGACAUGCACAUGCUUGUUGUAGCUCCUUGCUACUUGCUGUUGGUAUGUCGCCAGGCGCACCUUCGCGUUCUCCCUGAUCUCGUCUAUGGUGUCGAGAUCAUGAGUUAAAUCCACUAUAUUUGUGUCGUCGUUCAAUAAUCCAUAUCUUGCAGUUGGCAUUAAGAUCUCUGUGGGUAGUACGGCUUACGUCCCGUAGACCAAACUGGAAGGCGUCUGUCCUGUGGAGAUCUUUGGUGUCGUUCUGUCUGCCCAUAACACCCAUGGUAGUUCUUCAACCCAUUUCCCUUUGUGAGCUGUCAGCCUCUUCUUCAAGUUGUUGAUUAUGAUCUUGUUGCUUGACUCGGCUUGCCAAUUCGCCUGUGGGUACCUAGGCGUUGAUUUUACCAAGCUGAUGUUGUAUUUUCUACAAAACGUCUCGGUCUUUUCACUUACAAACUGGGAACCAUUGUCACAAAAGAUCUCAGAGGGCACUCCAAACUUGCACAAGAUAUUCUUUUUGAUGAAGGAGAUCACUUCUUUUGAUGUCACUUGGCCGUAGGCCUCUGCCUCUAUCCAUUUGGAGAAGCAAUCUGUCAUGGCAAGUAUAAACACCUUUUGUCCUGGUGCUGUUGGCAACUUCCCUACAAUGUCCAUCCCCCACUUCAUGAAAGGCCACGAAGGAAUUGAGGAGUGCAAGUGCUCCGAGAGCUGGUGAAUAACAGGUGCGUGGCGUUGGCAUGCAUCACACUUCUUGACAUAAUCAAUGGCAUCCUGCUUUACCGUCGGCCAGUAGUAUCCCAUUCUCAACACUUUGAGUGACAAGUUUCUUCCUCCUGUGUGAUUUCCGCAUUUUCUUCAUGAAGAUCACGCAAGAUCAUGUUGGCCUCAUUGAUGUCAAGACACCUCUGUAGCAAUCCAGAGACCGAUUUUUUGAACAAGACGUCAUCUAUCAAGAUGAAGCGUGAAACUUUCAUGCGCAUCAUCUUGGCCUCAUUGCGAUUAGCUGGUUGCUGUCCCAACUGCAGGUAGUCUUUGUAUGUUUGCAUCCAGUCGUCUUUGUUGUUGGGAGACAAGGCUACAUCCAGUACCUGUGCUGAUGGGUGAGCUUGUUCCCUCACGGUGGCUGGUUUCAGCAGAUGGAUGACUGGCACAUUGUGCGUACAGCCAUCUUUGAAGACAACUCCCAAUCCUGCCAGUGCAUCUGCUUGCACAUUGAGUUCCCUGGGGACCUGUCGAAUGUUGAACACGUCAAAUGAACGUCGUAAUUGUUUUACAAUGUCGAGGUAUGACAACAUUUUGGUGUCCUUGGCCUCAUAAGAGCCGUUUACAUGGUUCACAAUCAAAAGGGAGUCACAACUUACGUUGAUGCAUUUGAUCUUCAUGUCUUUUGUAAUCGUCAGUCCCAUGAUGAGGGCCUCGUACUCGGCUUCGUUGUUCGUGGCUUUGAAGUUGCAACACAUUGCAUAUGGCAUCACAUCCCCCUGUGGCGACUUGAGGACGAGACCCAAUCCUGUGCCGUUUAUGUUUGAAGCUCCAUCCGUAUGCAGUGUCCAUGAUUGUUGAUUCUCCUAUGUUGUCAGUUGUCGGCUUUCUACUUCGGCUUGCAUCAUUAGGCUCGGAAUGAAGUCUGCCACAAAGUCUGCCAAAGCUUGAGAUUUUAUGGUGGUUCGAGGUUCAUAAACGAUAUCGUAGGUGCUUGUUAGGAAUCAAUAAUUUUUGAUGAUAACAUAAACAUUUUAUAACAUGUCUUACUUAGUAUCUUUAUCAAAUUUCAGCUGUAAUUGUUAUAUUUCUUGUCUUUGGGAAUUAUCAACGGAUGGGUAGAAUAGGAUGGCUAAUUGUAAAUAUCCAAUGCCAUGUAAUUUUAUCUAAGUGAAGGAUAUUCAACUGAUGAGAUGUAACUAUUCAACUGAUGAAGACUGGAUCAUGUUUCAACUGAUGAAAACCAAGCAUUCAACUGAAGACAAAGUAUUCAACUGAUGAUGCUAAGGAAUUCAACUGAUGAGACUGGAACAGCAUUCAACUGAUGAAGUUUGUAAUUCAUUCAACUGAUGAGCCUAGCACAACAUUCAACUGAUGAAGUCAAGAGCAGUUGAAAUUAACCAGAACUUUCAACUGAUGAAGCAAAGAGCAGUUGAAAGUGACUAGAGCUUAAGUCUGACAAAUCACAUGGAUCGAAAAUCACAUGGAUCGAAUUACACUAAAAUGGACAUGGAAGCCUGAUUAGGAAGAUAAAGAAGAAGCAGAAACAUUCUUAUCUCAUGCAAUGCAAUCUGGAUCAAAUCAAGAUGAUGGUCAAAGAUGAAGACAUCUCAGAAAGCAUGCAUAAGACAAAGAUGUGCAGCAUAGUUUUAGAUUAGAGUGCAAUUUGUAUUCUAGUUAAAAAGCUUUGUAAAACUUGGAGUAUAUAACCAAGUUAGAAGCAUCAGUUGAACUUGUUCAAAUUACUUGAGAGAAAAUCUGAGAGUUAGAACUUGUUUUGAGUGAUGAACCAGCAGCUGUGCGAAUUGUAAUCAAUCCACAGAUUCUUCUAUAUAAAAUCUCACGGGUGGAUCAUUCAAUCCACCCGUAUUUUUAAUACUUGGUGUUUUCUGUUUUAUUGUUUUAAAGUGUUUGUUCUUGAAUCUUUUAAAUUUGUAAAAGAUUGUAUUCAACCCCCCCCCCCUUCUACAAUCUUUCUUAUAGCUGGUGUAAAAUAACAAUUAGUAUCAGAGCCAGGUUCCCAACAAACAGGGAAAAAGAUCAACACUGCUAGAGAAAGAUGGGAAAGAAGGAUGCUGGAGUGAAGAUUCAUGUUCUUGACAAAGACAACUACUUUCAUUGGAAAGUGAGAAUGCAUUUGCAUUUGUUGUCCAUUGAUGAAAGCUAUGUGAACUGCAUUGAGAAAGGACCUCAUGUCCCAAUGAAGGUCUGCACCAGUAUGGGAGCUGAUGGUGAAGAUAUGGUAGGUAAAAUGAUUCCAAAACCUAUCCAUGAGUAUUCUCAAGAAGAUACUGAAGAGGUGCACAAGGACAAGAAAACCAUGAACCUUCUGUUCAAUGGUUUGGAUCAAGAAAUGAUUGAUAGUGUUAUCAGCUGCACAAGUGCCAAAGAAGUUUGGGACACCAUCAGAACCAUCUGUGAAGGGAAUGAGCAAGUAAGAGAAAACAAAAUGCAGCUUCUGAUUCAACAAUAUGAGUCAUUCCAUUUCAAGUCCGGUGAAAGUUUGAGUGACACAUUUAACAGAUUUCAAAAACUGUUAAAUGGUCUAAAACUUUUUGGAAGAGUAUAUCAAGUUAAGGAUUCAAAUUUGAAAUUCUUAAGAGCUCUUCCCAAAGAAUGGAAACCUAUGACAGUCUCUCUCAGAAACACACAAGAAUUCAAAGACUAUACUCUUGAGAGACUGUAUGGAACCUUAAAGACUUAUGAGCUUGAAAUGGAACAAGAUGAAGAGAUUGAGAAAAACCAAAAGAAAGGGCAUUCAUCUGUGGCUCUAGUUGCAUCUCUUGAUGAUGCUGUCAAGGACAAGGGAAAGUCUCAAGUUGAAGAAACUGAGAAGUUGGUCAAAGAAGAGAGCUCAGAGUCAAGCAAAGGAAAAGGAAAAGAGAAAGAUGUAGCUGAUUCUGGUGAAGAAAGUGACGGAAUUGAUGAGCACCUAGCUUUCCUGUCAAGAAGAUUCUCCAAACUUUUCAUUUUAACUCUCUUCUUUAUCAUUUUUGAUAACAUUGACAACUUGUUGGUCUUAUAGAUUGACAGCAUACUAGAAAUUCUUUAUUUAUGAUCACAAGAAUCGAGCAUUCAGAAUAUUGUUAAAUUCUAAGUCCAUUAUUGUUUUAUAUAAAUUUCGAAAUGAAUAAAAACCAAAUAUAAAUUUAGGAUUAGGACCGUCGAGUCUUUAUGGUUUUGUUAAAUUUUAAAUCCAUUAUUAUUUUUAUAUAAAUUUUGAAAUAAAUAAAAGUCAAAUUCCAAAAAUAAGACGAGAUUAAAAUACAAAUUCCUGAAAUCCGAGUCCGGCGAUAGUAGAGCUGACCGGAAAGUACCGGUACAGAACUCUAUCCCCACCUAUAAAAUCGCGGGAAAGUCGGAGGGAAAGUCGGAAGAUGAGAAAUGUUAAAACAGAACCAAAACCACCCACAUGAUUGCUUUCACAAACUUACCGCUAGAUGCUCCACCGACAAUCUUGCUAGUCAACACGCUUCUCUCAUCACUUCAUUUUUUUUUUAAUUUUUUUCAUAUACUUUCACUUUUUAUUUUCUAUUGCUAAUUUCCAAUUUGCCUGCUCCUGAUAUUAUUUUAUGCAUUUUUUUAUCAACUUUGAUUUUUUUCUUUUGGAUGCACCACUUGUCCACCUUUUUCUCCUUUCAUCUCAAAUCUCUCUCCCCUCUCUCUCCCUCCCCCUCUCUCUAACAGACUUGCCAACUCUCUCCCACCUUCAUCUCUCUCAAUCUCUCUCCCUCCCUCUCUCCUUCAUCUCUCUCCCUCUCUCCCAUCUCUCUCCCUCCCUCUCUUCAUCUCUCUCAAUCUCUCUCCCUCCCUCCCAAUCUCUCUCCCCUCUCUCCCUCCCUCUCUCUCUCUCAAACCAUCCAUACUAGCUAGCUCCAUAACUCUGAUGCUCAUACCUCAAACCCACCCACCUCACCACACAAACUAAAAACCCAAUCUCUCUCCCCACCAUGCCACCACCUCUACUCCUCCCCCUCAUCCUCACCCUCCUAAUCACCUCAACCCCCACAAUCUCCCAAGAUCUCGAAACAGAAUGCACAGAUCAGUGGAUCUACAUCAGACAACUCCCCUCAAUCUUCAACCUAGACCUCCUCACCAACUGCUCACAAUAUCAAACAUUUGACAACUUUUGCCCCUACAUCUCAAACCAUGGCCUUGGCCUUAAAACACACAACAACUCACACUCUUGGUUCAGGACAGACCCUCAUAUGCUUGAACUCAUCUUUCAUCGUCGUCUCCUCGAAUAUCCAUGUCUAACCAAUGAUCCCUCCAUGGCCUCAGCAGUCUAUGUUCCUUAUUAUGCAGGGAUUGAUGCUCUUAAGUACUUGUACGGACAAGAACAAAAUUUCAGCUUUCUACAUGGGCUUGAAUUGUAUGAUCAUAUUCGAAAUGUGGAUGCACCAGAGAUUUGGAAUAGGCACAAUGGGCAUGAUCAUUUCUUGAUUAUGGCGCGACCUGCGUGGGAUUUUAGUCAGCCGUUGUCGAAUGAUCCGCCAAUUUGGGGAACUUCAUUUCUUGAAUUGCAAGAAUUUUACAAUGUGACUGCAUUAACUUUCGAAACUAGAGCUUACCCUUUUCAAGAAAUGGGGAUUCCUUAUCCAACUUCGUUUCAUCCGCCGAAUUUAGCUCUUUUCAAUUCGUGGGUCACUAGGGUGAGGAGAUCAAGGAGGGACACUUUGAUGUUGUUUGCAGGUGGUGGUGGGAUUUCUAAUAAUCCGAAUGUGAGGCGAAGCAUUCGGUUAGAAUGUGAGAAUAGUACUAGUUUGAGGAAUGAAAGUUAUGGGUACUCGAAUUUAUGUAAUUUUGUGGAUUGUUCUAAUGGGGUUUGUGAGCAUGAUCCUAUUAGGUUUAUGAAGCCAAUGUUGCAGGCUAGCUUUUGUUUGCAACCUCCGGGUGAUACGCCAACAAGACGUUCAACAUUUGAUGCAAUUCUGGCAGGUUGCAUUCCUGUUUUCUUUGAGGAAUUGUCUGCAAAAUUGCAGUAUGGGUGGCAUUUGCCUGAGGCUGAGUAUGAGGAGUUUUCAGUGUUUAUACCGAAAGAAGAUGUUGUGUUUAAAGGGCUUAAGAUUGUGGAUGUGUUAACAAGCAUCCCACGAGCUCAAGUUCGGAGAAUGAGGGAAAAAGUUAUUGAGAUGUUACCUAGAGUAAUAUAUAGAAAGCAUGGAAGUUCACUUGGUAUGAGAGCAAAGAAAGAUGCAGUGGAUAUUGCAAUUGAGGGCACCUUACAAAGGAUCAAAUCUAGACUCCAAGAAGUCGAAGUUCAGUGAACCUGUAAGUAGUUCUGUACAUUUUUAACUAAUUUUGCAAGUCUUAUUCGGUGAGGAUUGGGGAGGAGGGGUAUUUAUUAUCAUUCUUUGCACCAUAUUUAUUGAGAACAAGGUGUAGAUGGAUUCUGUUUUUCCACUGAUAAUAUAUCUGGCAGGCUUUUCUACCUUC